UGACUUCGACAGCUGACUGCUGGAGAGAAAAACGUAUUUUUCUAAGGUUGAUUUAUUGAUUUAUUUAUUUGUUUUUAAUAUUCAUAAUAGUAUCGCGUGAUAUAGUGCUUCUAAGUUCUAAAUUAACUGCAAAAUGUCUUCGGACACUUUAAACAUAUGCCGGCGAAAACUUAAUGACGCUUUGGGCGACAAAUCGACAAAAUAUUUCAACCAUAUGAAGCAGUGGUUUCGGAUGAAACUCACAAAGGAAGAAUUUGAUACUGAAGCUCGCGCUUUGCUAAGUCUGGAUCAAGUUCGGUACCAUAACGAGUUUUUACUAGCACUAUUGAAUAAGGUCGAAGGAUUGGCGGAAACUUCGAUAACUAUUGCCCGUGACAAAGCUAUAUCUCACAAUAGAAAUAGUAGACGGCAUAAGAGGAGCUCCCGAACGUCAGAGAAAUCUAACUUUGAGCCGGCGGAUUUGUUAGAAUAUUUGCCGCCUAAUUCACCACCCGGCGCUGGAAGUGAUGGUGUCAAAUAUGCAGCACAAGAAAUAUUUCUGCCAGACCAUGCAUUGGUGGUGGGAAGAUUCAUGCUCGCUGCGUGGGAGCUUGGCCUGGAAGGGGCUGACGAUGAUGCAGCAGACAUCAUUGUGGUAGCUGUACAGAACUUCCUCAAAAACAUCAUAACUGCUGUGAUAUCACAGAGAAAGGGGUACAAAUUAAGAAACAAGAGGUUUAUGUAUGACCUUGGUGGAGACAUGCCAAACAUGUGGCUCAGGAAUAGUAGCUUGCUGUAUGACCCCCAGAAUGAGGGUCGGGUAGAUUUGGACGACAGUGUGGAUGCACUGGGUCCUAGAUGUCCACCAACUAUCGACGAAGUGGAACAAUCAGCAGCAUUUGAAAUAGCAUGCAGUGGGCCCAGCACAGAACCGAAUGAUGAUAAAUUGACGAUAGAAGAAUUCUACAACACUUUGUUGACUCACAAGAAUGUGAUAGCUUGCCAUUCAGUGUAUGCAGUAAACAUGGAGAGACUCGCUGUAAUGUUAAACCAUCCUAGCUAUUAAACUUACCUAAAUAAAGCCUGAAGGUGAGAAAACAACUUUUGGUGCAGUGGUAUUCUUCUCAUAUUCCGAUUCCUAAAGUGCAUCUAUAGUCAUUGAAUGGGGACCACAUUUAAGCAAGUGUAGUGUGGGACCCCUCCAGCACGAUGAACCGACGAUAUAAAGCAGUUGUCCCGCCAACAACGUGUGGCUGGAUGAGGAAGG